AUGGCAACAAGUCGCCAAGAUAAAUUAAGGGCUGAAAAUCCAAAGAGUGAUAAAAAAAAAAAAAAAAACGUGAGUUAUGAUAAUCAUAUAAAUAUUGAUGUUGUAGAAAAAAGUGAGGGUAAUUAUGAAGAGAAUUAUGUGUUCUAUAAAAAGGAUAUGUGUGAUGAGAAUAUUAAGAUAAGUAAUAUGGAAUGCAUGGAGAAGUUUGAUAAAUGUAACAAUAAUGAAAAAAAAAUGGAUCCUACUACUAUUGCUACAUAUAAUAGUAAUAAUAAUAGUAAUAAUCAUAAUAAUAAUAAUGAUUAUUGUAAUAGUUGUUAUGGUGUUGAUCAGAAUAAUAAUUUUCAUUGUCAUGAUGAUGAUCAUAAAAUUUUAAAUAAUUGUUGUAUGAAGGAAAAUUGUUCACAAGAAGAUAAUGAUCUUUGUGAUGACUAUCAUAAUAUUGAUAUUCUCAAUCUUGAAGAAGAGAAACAUUUUUGUAAUGUUUGUUUUUCUUUUUUAUAUUAUAAGAAAUAUUGUUUCUUUGAAUUAUUAAGAAUAUAUAAAAAUUAUUCUUGUCUUAAUCAAGAAGAGAAAAAUCUUCUUACAGAAUCAAUUUAUAUAAAGCUAUAUAAAAUGUAUCUAACUACAUUGAAUAAUUAUUAUUUUAUUCUUAAUAUAUUAUUACCCCAAAUAUCAACACACAUAAUUAUGCACCUACUAACAUUUACAUUCCACAAAAAAGAAGAAGAUGAACAAAUGAAAGAAGAAUAUGUAAUCAAUGAAAUUAUAGAUAAACUAACAGAUGAAGAAUUAAAAAAUAUAGACAAAGAGUACAACUAUCAUAAUUUUAAUGUGCGUCUCUUGUGUAAGGAUGAUGCUCUUAUUAUAUUGAAUGAAAUAAAAUCCAAGAUGGUCAAUAGUCAGAAUGAAAAAAGAAUAUUUGACAUACUUAACAUGAAUUGUGCAGAUCAUAUUGUGGAUGACAAUACAAGUGGUAAUAAUAAUAAUAGUGGUAAUAAUAAUAAUAGUGGUAAUAAUAAUAAUAGUGAUAAUAAUAAUAAUAAUAGUGGUAAUAGUGAUAAUUGUGAUAAUAACAAUAAUUGUGAUAAUAAUAAUAAUAGUGGCAAUAAUAAUAAUAAUAGUGGUAAUAGUGAUAAUUGUGAUAAUAACAAUAAUUGUGAUAAUAUCUUUGAUAAGAACAAAGUCAAUAUGACACAUCUCAUACAUAAUAACACCAAAAGAGAUGACCAAACCUACAAAAAUAUUAAUCAUUUCAGUGACAACAAUUCUAAUCAUUAUUGUAAUAAUUUAGAAGAAGAUACACAUAAGGAAGUGAACCCAGGUGUAGACCUUGAUGUACAUAAUAUUAGAGAUUCACAAAUUAAUUUUGUAGAUUCUAAAAAUAUAGAAGAUGAUCAUAAUGAUAUGAAGGAAAAUAUUUGUAAUAAUAACAAAACGUUACAUGAUGAUGAAAAUAUUCCUAAUGAUAAUAUUUAUAUGAAUCAAAAUAAUUCAAAGUAUGAACAUACUCCUCCUGGAAUGAGAAUAUCACAUGCUUAUACUCCAACAUUAGAUGAUUAUAAUUUAAUUCAAAAUAUGAGCAAAGUAAGAAGUACAUUGAGACAGUUUGUAAGAGAUUGGUCCUUGGAAGGUCAAGAAGAAAGAGAUAAAGCAUAUUUACCUUUAUUAAAAAGUUUAGAUAAAUAUUUACCUGUUCAUAAUAAUUAUAUUCCAAAAAUUUUAUGUCCUGGUUCAGGUCUAGGUAGAUUACCAUAUGAAAUAGCUAAAAAAGGAUAUAGAAGUCAAGGGAAUGAAUUUUCUUAUUUUAUGUUAUUAGGUUCUAACUUUAUUUUAAAUUAUUAUAAUGAGAUAUAUUCUUUAUCUAUUCAUCCAUAUUGUUUAUGUACAUCCAAUAGAAAAAGUAGAGAUGAUCACUUAAAAAUUAUAAAACUACCAGAUGUUAAUACAUAUAAUAAAAUAGUUCUAAAUACAGAUUUUUCUAUGUGUGCAGGAGAAUUAAUUGAAGUAUAUUAUAAUGAUAAAGAAUAUUUUGAUGGUGUAUUAACAUGUUUCUUUUUAGAUACAGCCAAAAAUCUUUUCAUGUAUAUAAAAACAUUUGCAUCUAUAUUGAAACCUAAUUCGUUGUGGUCAAAUAUUGGACCACUAUUAUAUCAUUAUGCUGAAAUGCCAAAUGAAAUGUCUAUCGAAUUGGCUUGGGAUGAAAUACAAAUUAUUAUAUCAAAGUGGUUUACUAUAAAAGAAAUACAAUGGAUUGAUAAUUAUUAUACAACCAAUUUUGAUUCAAUGAUGCAAGUCCAGUAUCAUUGUGUUUUUUUUAGUGCCAUCAGAAAUGACAUUCCGAUAAAUUAA